UAGCUUUGGAGGUCACCGUAGGUUCACCAAUGAAAUUUUGAUCGACAAAAGAGCAAGAGAAGUUGAGAGAGUCUCUCUGUAGCCAAUCGGGCUGUUCUUCUCCGCCAGGUUGGCACCACCACUUGCGGUGGCCGCCACCGCCGGGGCCCUCCUGGCUCCGGCGGGUCUCCGGUUUUCUUGCUUGAUUUUUGAGAUUGUUUCUUAACUACUUUUGGUGGUUUGGAUGCAGCAGGAACUGUGAAUUUCGUGCUGUGAGCUCGCCGGAAAAAAUGGAGGAUGUCGAGCUGAGCUUUGUGGGGUGGGAAAAAUCUGGCUUUGAUCUUGAAACUGCUAACCUGGAUCCGGUGGUUACUCUACUGCUGGUUUGUGCUUUGGGGGAUGACCAUUGAGGCCUUGGUCUGUCGCAACCGGAGUGAAAACUUUCCGGCGUCUGCAGCGUCUUUCGACAUGGCGCCGGUACGGUUGCGGGCUCUUGGUAUUCUGAGGAAGUGGGGGGAGGCUUGCCAAGGCGAAUCGGAGUCCGGACAGUUUCUUCAAGGUAUGUUCUUGUUUCUCCUGCUGCUUUGAAAACGAACUCUUCUCGAUGGUCACCCCCUAAAAACUUGAACUCGCUUCUUGUUCGUCAACCAGAUUGGUUUCGUUUUUGGGUUUAUUGCUUGUAUGAACUUUCACCUCGAGUUUUGGUUUUGUGUUCGAAAUUUCUCCGGUCUCGUCGUGUAAAUGAUUUGAGGGUUCUGGGUUGGUUUUGUUUUGCUUUGACCGGAGGACCACCUGUCUCCUCUUAGCCGGAAGUUUUUGCCCCUAUUCGGACCUGCGAUCUUCUUGAUAUCCGGACUGAUUACCACUGCGCUUGGCCUCCGGAGAGGGUAGGGAGUGACGAUUGUGGGAAGGAAUGGGGAAGAGGGGGAUUCUGGAACGACGUUGGGGGUCUCUUCUUUCUGGCGAGGAGUAUGGCUUUGGUCUGAGGUAUGAGAGGGUUGCUCUGUUUCUUUUUUAACUCUUGGUCUGCAAGAGAAGAUGACCGGGGAAGAUUGGUGCGAAUAUAGUCGCUUCUCACUCUCGGCUACUGAUGGCACGCCUUCACUCUGCCGACGCAUCUACGCCGCCGGGGAUUGCCGGGACCCGGCGGGGAGGGGGUGGAUUUUGGGGUUUUCGUGCUGGCUUUUAGUUACUCUCCGGCUGGCUACUAUUACUCCUCCGCCGAUGCCGCUGGGUUGGCUGCCGGAGCCCGGUGGGGGUGGGGGGGAUCGUCGUUUGGGAGGUGGCAAGUUCAUCCGUCUGAGAUUUGGGUUUCCAAUGGUCCGCCGUCGUUGUUUGGAUGCUGCUUCGCCGGUGUAAACGAGGGAAGUCCGACGUCAUGGCUGACGCAGCAACUGGCGUGCUCUGAUUGGCCAGCUGGUUUCUGACAAAACCUGCCCGUCCUUGACCGUUCUGUCGAGUACUGUUGAAACACGUGGGAUUGAAUUUUGAACCGUUGCGGCGCGGAUGAGAACAAAAUGCUAAGGCUGGACGACUUCUCCAAACCCUAGGCCGUUGCUGGGUUGCGGACAAUGGUGGGCUGGGCUUCGCUGCUGCUGAAGAAAAUUAGUGGACCGCGUUUUUGCUGUUGAAUUUAACGCUGGGCUUGGGUUUUUCCGAACCCAGUUGAUGUGAUGGACUGUUUUGAUUGCCUUUGGACUGUUUUUGCUGAUGGUUUUUGUUACUAAGCCGGGGUCUGUCCCGUGCUAGUUGUUGGACUUAUUUUUGCUACGUGCUGGGGCCUGUCCCGUGCCGUUUUGACUCCAAAAAUUUCUCUCUUCCCCCCUUACCGCGAGGUGGGGGGGUGCGGAUACGGUAGAUACUUUUUUAGGUUAGCUUGCUAGCUUAGAUAGUUUUGAUGCAUUGUACAUGCUAUUUUUUGGAUCUAUAUACUUACAUUUUAUCCAUUGAUGACAAAAGAGCUUUAGGAUUGGCUACAGGAUCAAAAGAAGACAAAUAGAGCUUGAAAACGAUGUUCAGAAUGUCUUUAUGUCAAUCAUUCAAACAUAUCUCUUUGUAGAAGCAUCCAAAGGACACGAUUCAAGUUGCAUAUGAAAUCCAACUUCAAGGGCUAUAAAUCAUAUGAAGACACCAUUGCAAGAAUCUGAGAGGAAGAAGGUGAAAACAGACGAUGAAGUCAGAUGAUCCCUGUUGCGAUUUCAGAAUGAGACCUUCCACAAGUUUAUUCAUAUCUCUUUAUUAGAUGAUUCAAAUCCAAUUCGGCAAGUUGUGGUGGAUAGACGACUUCAUUAUCUACAACUUGCAUGAAGAAAGUUUUGUCAAAUUCGAACUAGAGAAGCCGGAAAACACACUGGCAGCCACUCACGCGUGUGUGUGGGGGACGCACGCGUGCGUCUAACGUUUUUUACGCGCAAGUCUGUCGGAAGCACGGACGCCACACACGCGUGCGUGGGCGCCAUGCGUGCCCCCUGGAGUCCUAAUUUCGCCCGAAUUGCUCCGUUUUUACUAUUUAAACAUCCUGUAAACCCCUGUUUUGAUGGGGGGAGCUUAGAGAGAGGCCUAGGGACGAAAUUUCUUCUACUUUUCCAUCUUGUUCUUCAAUUCCCUUGGAUUUUUUUGUAAGUUCCAUCUUUUUAAUUAAUGAUAAUUAAUUCUAUUCUUCC